AUGCUGCGGGAGGCCCCCGAGGCGGGCUCAACGCGGCCCAAGUUCCUCGUCCUGGACCAUGUCUCGCCCGCCACCCGCCUCAUGGAGAAGCGCCGGCAGAUGUUUGAGGUCGCCGAGACGCUCGAGCUGCAAAAGGCGGAGCACGCGCAGCGCGAGGAGGCGUACAAGAAGCGCGAGGAGGACCUCAAGCGCAAGGACCUUGAGCUCCAGGAGUCGCUCAUCCGCUUCUCGAAGUUCCUCCAGGAGAACGACGCCAAGCGGCAGCGCGCGCUGCGCCGGGAGCAGGACGAGCGGAAAGUCCGCGAGGAGAAGGAGCGGGAGAUCGCGGCGCUGCAGGAGGACCUGGACAAGCUCCGGGCGACCAAGGACGAGAUGGUCACGGCGCUGGAGACGCGCAUGUUGCAGUACCAGGCCUUUUUGGAACAAACCCUCGAGGCGGCGGACGAGUACCACGAAAUAGCCGACCUCCUCGCGCGGCACGCGACGCUCCAGGCGACGAACCAGGACCUCAAGGAGCAGACGCAGAGCCUCACGCGGGAGCUCGAGCAGCUGCGGCUGGACAUGAACGCGUACGUGCGCGCCAAGACCAACGAGAUAUUGAAUCUGAACAACGAGAUAUCGACGCUGAAGAAGGACCUGGAGCAGCGGGAGCGGGCGUGCAUGGCGCUCGAGGCGAAGAAGGACUACUCGAUGCAGAUCAUGUGCCAGAGGACGCUCGAGCAUGGGCAGGUGUGCAUGGCCACCGACAACCUCUUCCACCGGUGCCGCUCGCGGUCGCACAUCAGCCACCCGACGGACGCGGACGCCGCGCAGCAGCUCGAGGUCGUCGGGAACUUCGUCUCGGACCUGGGCGAGAUCGUCAAGCAGUGGCGCUUGCAGCUAGCAAGGAAGUCGGUGACCCCAAGGGGCAAGAGCCCGCCGGAAGAGGAGCCCCUCAUCACCUUCUUCCUCUUCGUCGAGAACGGAGCGGACUUCAAGUUCUACCACUACGCCGCGAGCGACAUGCACGUCGGCGGGUACGUGCGGCGGGAGGGCGGCGGGGAGGCGAGGAAGGUCCGCGUCACGGUGUUCGGGGAGGGGGAGGUCCUGAACACGCCUGACAUGACCGUGUACGCGAACUCCGACGACGGCGUGGAGGUCGUGCUGAACAGGGCCCGCUACUUCCGCCUGCAAAUGGAGGACGGCGCGUUCGUGGAGUACGACACUGUCGACACGGGAGGGUGGCGGUUCAAGUGCGAGCCCGAAGGGCACUGGGAGGUGGGCAGCGGCGACGAGAACUGCGCUGAGAUCACGGAGAGAGAGACGGGCUUCUACAUCGCGACGAACAUCAAGGAGCCGUUCACGGCCGGAGUUAUAGACGUGCAGUAG